AGGUGGCCUUGCUAGAUCUCACCCACAUGUAGGCUUCCACUGGUCGAUGACACCUCUGGUUGAGGUCGCGAUGCAUGUUAAUGCGUCUCUGUUGACUCGUUCGCGGCAGGACACAGCCUCCACCUUGAUCGCAUAGGCUGACAUGAGAUUUCUCAUCUCGACAUCAAACCCGAUCAUCUCACUUCAGCUGCACCUUUCGCUCUUUGAAGAUGAUCCGCAUUCAUAACCCUCACCACGUGCCAUUUCUGCAUCAGACGGAGCAGCUCCGCCAGGCAGGAACCCUCUGUGACACACUUGUCAUUGUGGAGGGCCUCACAUUUAAAGCCCACGCUCUGAUACUAGCCUUGGCAAGCAAAUGGCUGAAGCGCCAUUUAACAAACCAGCACGGCUCAGGUCAAAAGUACUGCUGCUUAAUAGACAGAGUCUCUUCUCACACCUUCAAGCAAAUCCUGGACUAUGUGUACAGCGAAUCGCUGGAGGUGCCCAAAGAUGAUCUCGAGGAGCUGCUGAGGGGUGCCAGGUACCUUGAGAUGGAGUCUUUGGUAGAACAAUGUCAAGCAAAACUUAGAGAUCCAGAUUCAACUAGGACAGACACAAAAGUAGCAAAUGCACUCCGAGAUGACAAAGCACAGAAGGUCACCGAGCUGUCUAAAAGAAGCCAGAAUUCGGAUGAAGACCACCUUGAUUGUUCUUCAGAAGAAGAACGUUCUUCCACCAAGAGGUCGGUGCACGAUGCACAUAAGAAGAGCUGUUCUCCCGUGUCUCCUCUGCCUCCCAUGUUCUCCAGAGAGACCAUCAUCUCCUCCAGAGCUCAGUCUCCCACCCCUCGCCUCUGCUGGCCGCCGGUCAGCUCGUCUAGAAGCAUGAUGUUAAACUGUAGAGAAAUAAUGGCAUUUCACUCCCUUCGAGCGUAUCCCUACCCCACACCCAUGUACCCCAUCCUCCACCACUCGCUCCAGCCACAGGUCAACUCCUCACUUAUGGGUUACACAGGGUUGCUUCAGCCCUAUCACCCUCUCAUACACCCUCCUCCGUUGACUCCAGACAAUCCCUUCAUUCCUGGUCUGAAAGGAAAGACCACCUCUAUCAGCACAGCUUUAACAGGGUCCAUGACAGAUGAUCAAGAGAGGAAGCCAAAGGUUCAAGAGGAGAGGGAGAUAUGCUGCAGACACUGCGGUAAACCAGCUCUGGAAAACCCCUGGAGGCCAACGCCUGGGUCAUCAACCUCAGGUUCGGGGGAGAUGGCGCUCAGGUGUAAGUUCUGCGGCCGAGGUGGACGGGACAGGCGAUCUCUGCGCUCACUCAGGAGGGGUGUCGGAGGGGAGAAGCCUUACCAGUGCAAACAGUGUAGCAAGAGGUUCAGCCUUAAACACCAGCUGGACACACAUCACCGGGUCCACACAGGUGAAAAACCAUUCGAGUGUCGGCUGUGUGGCCAGCGUUCACGUGACUAUUCGGCCAUGAUCAAGCACCUGCGUACUCACGGUGGUGCCACUCCCUACCAGUGCACCCUGUGUCUGGAGUUCUGUAGCAGCCUGGCAGCCAUGCAGAAACACCUGAAGAACCACCCCACGCAGGACUUCCCUCCAGACUGGAGCCUGAGCAGCACGUACCUGUACAACUGCCACACCUGAGGCCCGGGGGAUAAAACAUGUAGAUAUGGAAGGUUCAAUACGGUUUGGUUAUUUUUAAUACAUUAAUGAAUUAUUUUGAAGCCAUUAUGCAAAUAUGAUAAUAUAUUUAAUAUACAUACAAAGGUCAUUUAUGCCAGCUGAUUUUGAUUUUCUUUGAAGAACGACUAGUUGGAUGAACAUUUCACUCAGUACUUAAGAUGGAGUAGAUUGUAAUUUGCCGAUGCUUAUAAUUUUCUCUGUGAAAUAUCAUCACAACAGCAUGCAAAAUAUGUGUUUGUUUUAUUUAUUGAGCUGUUCAAAUCUGUACCAUUUAUCUAAGCACACUCACUAUGUGAUCUAUUUACGCACUGUAUACAAUCUUUUAAUAAAAGCAUUAUAAUUAAAGCAGUAAGAGUUUGUCAGUGGCUGUUUUAAUGCAGAAGAAGAGCAGCAUACAGAACAGCAAGCAGCUUCAGGUCUGGAAGUCUGUGUCAGUAUAUUAUGAAUAAAUUAAUUAAUAUUGUUUUAGCUUUAAGCACUUAAGACAAUUCGUGUACAGUGAUAAACUAGACGCAAAUAAAAUAUUUCUGUCUUCAUUUACAAUAAUUCCGACAGAAGUUACCAUGUAGCGUAAAGUAACAAUAAGACAGAAUAGACAUAUUUUGAAUGGCCAUCAAUGGUGAAAAGUGACUAAUGGUGUAGUCUCUGCAUCUACCAGCAGGAGAUGCCAAGCAGGUCAAAUAACAUUAAAAAAAAAAAAAAAAAACAUAAACGUUAGUUUUCUCAAUCUAGCAAAACCUGGUCAUGUGGUUGCAGUUAUGAUUUGCGGGAGGGAGAUACCCUGGGGUUGAAUGUGUGACGCAACCAGAUGCUUCUUAGCUUACUGCAACUCUAGGCUACAUCAAGAAUACCCAAACGUUUCGGUUUAGAGUUCACAGACAACUUAAACGUGUGCAAUAAUACUUCAACAAUUUGGAAUAUUUUUUUUCAAGAAUACAAUGCACUGUACUGGUCUCUUCCACGCCAUUAUCAUAUACAUUUUUAUAAAUGUACAACUUAACUUAGGUUAUAUGGUCCAUAAGAAUGAUUAUUAAAUAAAGUAAUU